AUGGAAACAGAUGGUGGUGGUAUCCCGAAUGAACGGCAAUGUCACAAAAAUCAAGAAUCGCGACAAAAAGAAGAAGAAAAAAACAAGGAUAACGCUGAAAAAUUUAGACGAAAGCAAUAUGCGUUUCAUUCGAGUUCUGAAUUCAAUUUCACAUUGUUAGCCGAUGGAAUAUUUCAUAUUUCCCGUUCAGACACUAUACUACGAGAUAUAGCGUCCAAACAUGUAUUGCAGGCGGCGUGUGAUUCCGAAGUAGUGUAUGCCGGAACAUGUCGCUUCGAAAAGCGUGAUGGAGAAGAGAAAACUGUGUUUGUGCUGGAUAAUGAUUCGGGAACAUAUCUCCCUAGAACCGACAGGGAUGAACUAGCGCGGUUAAAAGGUUUGCUGGAAUGGAAUUUUGCCGGCUUGUAUGUUGAUACCAAGACAUAUGUGAUGCCGGGAAUGGAAGAUGAUGACGGUUAG